AUGUACAUCAUCGAUAGUCGUAGUCGGCUUCUUCUAUUCGUUUUUGGAGCUGCGUAAUGUCGUGUCGAUUGAAUGACUUUGGCACUAAGUAAAGCCGAUUACUAUCAUUAUUUUGUAUCAGUACUUAUUCAAAACGGAGUACAAGAAUUACAAAACAUUCGUUGACGAAGAGUCGAAUUAUAGAAAAAUGGAGCAAGAUUCGAGACGUAAAGGACCAAGGAGCCCUAGUGCAGAUUCAGAAGAUUCAUCUCAUAGAAGGAGAUCAAGAAAGUACGAUAGAUCUCCUUCUCCAAGAAGAAGUAGAUAUCGCCGAUCUCGUUCUCGGGACAGAAGAUCGCGUUCAAGUUCAAGGGAUAGAAGAAGAAAAGAUUCCAGUCGUUCGCAACAAGAAUGGAAACAAUCGGCAUCUCAGACUCAGACUUCUACUCCUAACCCAGCCAAUCCUGGUGGCUACGUGCCACCAGUACAUAAUCAGUAUCAGGCACCUCCGCCUCCAAAUACCAGUCAACCGCCGCCACCUUUAUCGGCUUAUAACCAGGGGUACAGUACCUACAACUACAACUAUGGACAAGGCUAUGACUAUAGUUACCAGCAACCUACUAGUUACCGCAGUGAUUAUCCACCACCGAACUGGCAAGGGAACCAGGUAUCUUAUAAUAAUCAGCAGCCACCACCACCGCCUACGUUAACAUCCCAACAAGAAUCGUCAAGAGCAGUGGACAGUGGUUCUUCUGGAUUGGUAUCAUCUUUGGCAAGACCGGAGGAUGCCAGGAAAGAAGCAGCAAUCGCAGCUGAAGUAAAACAGCAGAAAGCAACGCUGGCUAAACAACGCGAAGAGUAUGUUAAGAAAUCUGCUACGUUGCAACGUGAGCUGGAAAUUUUACGUCAACAAUGCGAUGAAAUUGGUAAAGAGGGUGGACGGGAAAAUAAUCGCAUCAUUAAAGAAAAUCAGAAGUUGCAGAUUGAAAUACAAAAUAAAAUGAAGUCGAUACACAACGUUAUCGACAUGCUUACCGGAAUUAUAGGAGACAAAGCUACGGUAGACGAUCUUAAAAGCAAGUUUAAAUUAGAAAUUAACAAACGUUCACGAAGUCCUAAAGAAGAUUUUCCAAAAGGAAAAUCAGAGUCACCUGAUAGAUCGUCGGCAUCCGAUUCUGACAAGGAGUCCAAAAUCGAACGUGAGACGAAAGAGCGAAGGUCUCCUGAAGAUUCAAAACCUAUGUACAAUUUCGUACAUUAUGAUCCAGAAAUGCACUGGUGUAAAGUCUGCGAUAUAUUUCCUAAAACGGCAAAGGAAUAUUUGAAUCAUCUGCAUAGCAAUGAGCACAAAGAAGCAUGUUUAGAACGCAAGAUAGUUGAUAUGCCAUGGCAUGAGCGGAAUGGAGAGGGAACGGAAAAGGAAGUGCCCUAUUAUCCUGGACUGCCAACGAAAAGAACACCAAUUAAAGGUUUGCAGUUCUUCAGUGCUGCGACGGCAUGGUAUUGUAAACUUUGCGAUUCCUGGAUCGGCGAUCUCCAUUGCGCGAGUUUGCAUUUGAAAUCCAAACAGCAUUCAGAGAAUUAUUCUCGUUUUGUAGACCAGAAUCCUCAUUGGGAAACCGAUUGGAUGGCAGAUCGCGAGAAAGCUUUCUCCGAGGAGAAACACAAACAGAUCCAAAUGGAACUGCAGAAACAUAAAGAGGACGAUCCUCCGCCGAAGAAGAAGUCGAAGAAAAGCAAAAAGAAGUCGAAGAAAUCUAAGAAACGAAGGAACAGAAGCAGCGGUAGCGAUAGUUCCAGCGAAUCAGAAAAUUCCGACACCGAUUCUGAUCAAGACAUGUCCAAGAGUAUUCGUGUUGCUAUGCGUAAUAAAAUGAAAGCAUCGACUCAAGCGAUCCUCAACGAGGAAAUAGACUAUCAUCGAAUAAAACUGAAAGGUCAUUGGUCGAAAAUGGCACAGCAUUUGAAUCAGCCACCAACUCCUGAACCGCAAUCGGUAGAAACCGACGAGAGGCAAUUGUUAAAUUCUAUCAGAGAUAAACUGAAGGCAAAACAAGAAGAGGAGAUGAAAUCAAUCAGUAAUCGAAGAUUGAGCCAAGAGAAAACAAUUGAAGAGGAAGAAGAGGAGGAGGAAGAGGAAGAGGAAGAAGAACCAGAGCAAACUUCUUUCUCGAACAAAGUUAAAGCAGAGAGUUUAGAAGCUUGGGGGCCGAAAGAACCACCGAAGCCUUUUUGGAUAAAAAAGGAAGAAGAAAAGCCGCAACCAAUCGCCAAUAAACCAAUCGAACUACCGAAGCCGGAAGAAAUGCCAAAACCACACAUGGGAUUUUGGACGAAACAGCAGGUCAACAUGACCGUUAAGCCGCCCGAAAGUUGCAAAGCGAUGGAGAAAGAAGAUGAGAGAGAACGCGAGAGUGAGAGAUACAAGGACGAUCGCGAUAGAAAGUACGAGAGACGGGAGGAUAAAUACGAACGUUAUAACAGAUACGAAAGAAGACGUGGCCGGGAUAGAGACAGGGAUCGAGACAGAGAUAGGGACAGGGACAGGGACAGGGAUAGGGACAGGGAUCGUGACAGGGAAAGGGAGAGGGAUUACUAUGAUGAUCGAAGGAAACGAGACAGUAACGAUUCUCCGCGACGAGAAAGAAGUUGGCGCGACAGUCCAAAAAGAAAUUACGAUAAAUACGGUAAAGAUAGAAGAGACGACAAUUCCUCCAACGACGAGUCAAAAUUUGAAAAGAAAACAAACGAGUCCGCGUCCAAGUCCAAGAAGGGUAGUAUGCCUAGUAAAAAGUCAGCACCUCAGGUAUCUAAAGGCAAGUUACCCUUUAUUGGUAGAUUACCGUUGUUUAAGAAAAAAACAGAAGAGCCGAAGUUGCCUGAAAAGGAUAUCACCCCUCUCCCGUACCAGCAAAGUAAAUUCGAGGAUACACCAAAAGUUCCCAAUGAAAUCAUCAAUCCCCCAGGUGUCGUUCAUAUCACUAAACUUGCCACUCCGCUAAAUCUUGGUAAUAACAGCAACAGUACUAAUACCAACAAUAGCGCCGCUAACAGUGGUAACACCAGCAUUCCACCUGUUCAAAACAAUAAAAAUCAGUCGAUGAAGAUAUUAGUAGCUCCGCCACCGCCAGUAUUGAACGAAACAAAGCCGACGCAACAAGUAGUCGAUAUGGAGAUCGAAGAUCAAUCCGAGGAGACGGUGAUCGAGGAGCCGAUAAUAGAACAGCAAAAGCAGGGUGUAUCUAAAUUACCUCUGCCUCCUCAUCCUCCACCACCGUUAAACAGACCACCGCCAUCUUUCUCGGCUCAACCGUCGCAGCAACAGCAAUCCCCUCAACAAUCUGUCCAAACCAGACCACAAUUCCCUACAAACCGACCACCGCCACCGUUCUUGUCUAAUCCACCACCGUUCGUUCAAAGUCAGCCACGAUUCUCUCCUCAUCAACCGGUACGUCCACCAGUACAGACUCAUCCUCCUUAUAUGACAAACCCUCCGCCCCAAAUGCCCACUGUUCCUCCUUUCGUACAGAAUCAUCAGAAUCCACCCCCGCCUCCGUUACCAACCGUGGAAGGUGCGACAGCGGAUAUCGCUGAGAUACCAGAACCUACCGAGAAACGAACUGAUCCCAGCAUUCCUUUGCCCGAUGACCUGCAAGAAGCUCUGAACAUUAUUUUCCCCAAAGAAGAAACGGAAACUAAGCAGCAAAACAGCCAAGAAACAAAUAUCAUGUAUUCGUCUAUGUAUAGUAUGUUAGGGUGCGUUGGUUACGGGCCAGAAUAUAUGGAUCAACCACCACCGGAGAUCACGCAAGCUGAAAGCGAGGUGGAUACUCAACCUGGACCAGAUGAUUUAAAGAUGUUAGGUAUUGACGAAGGAGAUACAAUCCUGUAAAAUUUUUUUAUAGAAUCACUUAUGUUGACUAAAAUUGUCCCUUUUGAUAAGA